AUGGAUUCGUAUGGCCAUUAUCCUUUUCUGCUGUUUCUAGUUUCCUGCCAAAUUACUUGGCACCAUCAUAAACAUACAACACACCUAUAUAACUUGCUUUUAGCAAAUAAAUGGCAGACUAUUCCUGCUCUAAGCCGGAAAAAAAUUGCGCCUUGGGAACUCGUUCGAUGUGCAGACACUAACAGCUGCAGCACAUCGGCGAUUAAUGAAAAGGGUCAGUUUGUUGUGUACUCUGCUGAUCGGGAACGAUUUUCACUUCCUUUGGAGUAUCUCAACAAUGAAAUUAUCAGAGAGCUGUUCGACAUGGCAGAAGAAGAAUUUGGAUUGCCAACCAAAGGGCCUCUUAGUUUGCCAUGUGUUGCCGAGUUCAUGAGAUACAUCAUUUCGUUAAUCAAACGGCAGGUUACAAGAGAUGUACAAAAAGCAUGA